AUGGGAGAAGAUAAGCAUCAUGCUGACUAUGCAAAUUAUAAAUCUGGACUGAGCAAGGAAGAGGUACUAGAAAGUGUCGUAGAAAGUUAUAAGGCAUUAUCUUCAGAUACUGAUAAUUGGGUAGCGAAUUUAUCCAAUUGCUCUUCGUUAAUAUGGCAUGGAUACCAUUCAUUGAAAAUACCAGUUAACUGGAGUGGAUUUUACGUAUUACUUAAUGAAAGGGAAUUAAUAUUAGGUCCAUUUCAGGGUAAAGUAGCUUGCCAGUUGAUCAAAUUUGGGAAAGGUGUCUGUGGGACCGCAGCUAGUUCACAAGAAACCCAAUUGGUUCCUGAUGUGGAACGGUACCCAGGUCAUAUUGCUUGUGAUGGAGAUACCAAGAGCGAGAUUGUGGUACCAUUGAUAAAAGAUGGGAAAACGAUAGGUGUCUUAGACAUCGAUUGCCUAGCAACCGGAGGCUUUGAUGAAACUGAUAAGAAAUACUUAGAGCAAUUAGCAGAUUUAAUAAUUUCAACUUGUACUUUUUGA